AUGGCCGAUCCAAUUCACAAAUUAGCAGCUCAGUAUUUCCAGCUAGUGGAGCUACAGAAUCUGGCUCUACCACCAGGCCCUGUGCUGAUCCAGCCAGCCGUUCAAGCAGCCCUAUACGAGCGCAUGUUUAACGAGAAUGCCGUCUUUCCCAUCCCACCAGACAGCUACCGAAGCCGAGUGCUGAAACAGAUUCUCUCGCGCAUUGAAGAAUCCAUUACCGACCCGGAGGAGGAUGAGAUCAACGAUGAUCUCAUGGAAUGCUGGAGCACACUAGUCUCGCAGCCAAAACCUUCAGCUUUGCAGCAAGCACAGCAGCUUUCUCUGGUCAAGUACACAGCCCCGACAUCCAGUUCCGGGCCCUCGUCUGAGCGUACAGUCACGACCUCUGAAUCUCGCGGCCUGAUUUUGUCUGCUGGAACUACCGGAAACCGGACAUGGGAGGCUGCUCUGCAUCUCGGUUCGUUCCUGGCGUCCGAGGCAGGUGAGGCUCUCGUGCGCGGUAAGCGGGUUAUCGAGCUCGGCGCCGGGACAGGAUUCUUGUCACUUGUUUGUGCACGCCAUCUUGGUGUGCAAUCUGUUGUGGUUACUGAUCGUGAGCCGGCUCUCAUUGAUAACAUCCGUGAUUGUGUGCGGCAUAAUCUGCCCGAGGGACGGGACUCAAUUCCUAUUUAUCCGGCGGUUUGGGAGUGGGGGACGCCUUUGGAAAAGUCAGGGGAUCUUGCCGGGCUGGCUUCUGAUGGAAAUGAGGAUGAAGCGGGUUUGAAGUUCGAUGUGGCUCUUGGUGCUGAUCUGAUCUAUGAUACCGACCUGGUUCCUUUACUCAUCUCGACUGUACGGGAUCUGUUCGAGAACUAUCACAUCAAGCAGUUCGUUAUUGCUGCCACGCUGCGCAACGAGGAUACUUUCCGCACGUUCUUAAAUGCUUGUGAAACCAACUCUUUCAAUGUUGAGACCCUCCCAUUUGAGUCUACACCUUCAGAAGACCAGACAGGUUUCUUCCAUUCGACCAGCAUCCCAAUCCGAACAUACCGGAUUUCGCAGAUGAAAUGA